AUGGAAAAUUCACCACCCACAGUGUCGAGUUUCGGACUCAUCACGGGCGGUAAGGAUGUCACUGUCCAAGAGACCUUUGAGGUCUACGACCCUGUCACACAGAAAGUAGUUCACCUUGCCCCAGCCGCCACCGAGGAGCACGCCAUCCAGGCCGUCAAGGACGCGGAGUUGGCAUUCGAUACUUGGCGGGACUCCACACCAUGGGAAAGGCGGCAGAUAUUCUUGAAAGCAGCCGAAAUUCUCCAAGGGCGCAAAGAUGAGCUUAUUGAGGCCAUGGUCCGAGAGACAGGGGCCAAGGCAGUGUGGGCUACAUUCAAUAUCCAGACUGCGAUUCAGUUCGUCCUGGAAGGUGCAGCGAUAGCGACGCAAGUUAAGGGAGAAAUAUUGCAGAGCAACGACAAGGGCAUGCUGGCAAUGGUGCUUAAAGAACCUUGCGGGGUGGUUCUUGGAAUUGCUCCGUGGAAUGCCCCUAUCAUUCUGGGAAUAAGGGCAUUUAUCACUCCUCUGGCCUGCGGGAAUACAGCCAUCCUGAAGGCGUCGGAGUCUAGCCCAUACACUCAAUAUCUGCUCGUUGAUUCGUUCCGUAAAGCAGGACUUCCAGCCGGAGUCCUCAACUAUAUAUGUUGCCCGAGAGCAGCUGCUGGCACAGUCACCGAGGCGAUGGUGGCCCAUCCAGCUGUUCAGCGUGUUAACUUCACUGGUUCUACUGCAGUCGGCCGUCUGAUCGCAGCUUUGUGUGCGAAAUAUCUGAAGCCAGCAGUGCUGGAGCUUGGAGGAAAGGCUCCAAUGGUUGUUCUGCAAGAUGCAGACCUUGAAGAAGCUGCUCGAGCAGCCGCUUUUGGUGCCAUGCUCCAUCAAGGCCAGAUUUGCAUGUCCACGGAAAGAAUCAUCGUGCACAAGUCUGUUUCAAAACCCUUUACUGAGCUGCUUAAAGCCAAGAUCAACACAUACAAAGCAGCAGGUCCAUCUGAAGACGCGACCACGACACUAGGCUCGUUGAUUACACCAGCUGCUGGCCAAAGAGUGGAGCGUUUGAUAAAAGAUGCUUUAGCCAAAGGCGCUCGUAUCGAGGCUGGGAAAUUGGACGUGCGCGGUGCCGUCGUGCAGCCGACGGCCUUGGGUGGGAUCACAAAAGACAUGGAUCUCUACUUUCAAGAGUCUUUCGGACCUGUAGUCACGCUUUUUGAAUUCGAGACUACCCAGGAAGCAAUUUCUCUAGCCAACGACACAGAAUAUGGAUUGGUCUCUUCGGUUUUUAGCAACAACAUUGCCGAGGCUUUGGCCGUGGCAAGAAAGAUCAAGAGCGGUUCUUGCCAUAUCAACGGAGCGACCAUUCAUGGCAAACUAACUUGUGGUCUAGAUGAGCCGCAUUUACCCCUUGGGGGCCAGAAAGCGUCUGGGUACGGAAAAUUCGGUGGAACGGCCUGUAUCAAUGAGUUUACUGAGGAUCGCGUCGUCACCAUUGCAAUUCCGGGUGGCAAACAUUAUCCAAUUUAA